UAGCACGGCGGCAGCAUGGCUUCGUCUCACGGGAGAAGCGACAUGCGCUUUGCAGACUGGAUGUCAAGUUUGCCGCAGAGCAUGCACUGUACCCCGCUCACCAACCUGUCUAUUCCCGGUUCCCACGAUUCCUUCAGUUUCUACAUCGACGAGACAUCCCCAGUCGGACCCGAGCAGCCGGAGACGGUGCAGAACUUUGUCUCCGUUUUUGGCACGGUGGCCAAGAAACUAAUGAGGAAGUGGUUAGCGACGCAGACGAUGAACUUCACCAGCCAACUGGAGGCCGGGGUCCGCUUCUUUGACCUGCGCAUCUCCACCAAGCCCCGCGACCCAGACAACGAGCUGUUCUUCGCCCACGGGCUCUUCAGCGCCACGGUCAGAGAAGGCCUCGAGCAGAUCAGCGGUUUCCUGUCGUCUCAUGCCAGAGAGGUUGUGUUCCUGGACUUCAACCAUUUCUACGGUAUACAGAACAUGCACCAUGAAAAACUGGUGUCCAUGUUAAAAGAGGUGUUUGGGGACAAACUCUGCCCAGUCGUCUUCGCUCAGGAGGUGUCUCUGCAGUACAUGUGGGAAAAGGACUACCAGGUGCUCGUCUUCUACCACCACCCCAUGGCCCUGGAGGUGCCCUUCCUGUGGCCGGGGCAGAUGAUGCCCUCUCCCUGGGCCAACACCACCGACCCAGAGAAGCUGGUGCAGUUUCUCCAGGCGUCUGUCACCGACCGCCGGAGGAAGGGGACCUUCUUUGUCUCCCAGGUGGUUCUGACACCCAAGGCCAGCACGGUGAUGAAGGGCGUGGCGAGCGGACUGAGAGAGACAAUCACAGAAAGGGCCUUACCGGGCAUGAUGCAGUGGAUCAGAUCGCAGAGACCCGGGGAGAGCGGCAUCAACAUCAUCACGGCUGACUUCGUGGAGCUCGGAGAGUUCAUCAGCGCCGUCAUCACCCUCAACUAUCACCUCGACGACGAAGACGACGACUAUGCCACCUGAGAGCCCGCGGGGUGCGUCGGGGGGCACGCUCACCACUACUAGCACUCGGGGCUUGGUCUGUGCUGCUCACUCUUUUCUCUUUGGCGUUUAUUUCAGGAGGGCAUCUGCACUGCUCCUUUCACUUUAUUUAGGGCGACAGUGAAUUGAGAGUUCAAACUGCACGGUUGUUAAGGCGGGAAAGGUUUGGAUUGGGAGGAACAACACAGGCGUUUGGUUGGAGCACAAAGAGAGUGAGGUUAGGUUUUUUUUGUUCUUUUUCUAUUUUUUUUCUAUUUUGGGGAUCAACAUUUUUUUUACUAGAGGAUGUUGAUUUUCUUUACUUCCUGUGACUGAUCAAAUGCACCGUUUUCUGGCUUACCACGUCACCUGGGGUAGAUUCCUCACAGCUGAUCAACUUUCAGCUAAAUGUAUUGGCACAUUCUUUUUGGUAUUCUCGUGACGUUUUUUUUUCAGAGGUUGUUGUAAAAUAAGCCUGUGUAACUUAAACCUCUCUAAUUCCCGGCCUGGUUUAAAUAUCUUGCCGUUCUUUGUCCAGACCUGUGCAAAAGAUUUUUUUUUUUGCACUUCAGAUCACUGCAGGUGUUUCUGAAAAACAGCAAAAUGUGUUUAAAAGGUUUUAUUACAAUCUCUUUACAAAUAGACAAUAAAGGAACCAUGUUCCAUCUUAUGUUUCCUUAGAAGUAAUCUCUGAAGGGGCUUUCUCACAGUAAUAGUCUCCUUUGAAGUCAGCUUGCAGCCUAGACAUUGAUCAGACACCUUUUGUGCAUCGUCAAGUCAUUAUUACCUCACUCAUUCAAAAACCACAGCUCGGCUAGCGGAGAUCAAUGUACCAAUCGAACUAUGUGCAUCCAAACAAAACCACGAUCGAUGUCAGCUUGUUUGAAAUUUUAAGACAAGCAUCAGCUGUCGCUGCAACAAACCGUUCAAAUUAUUAUUUUUACAUUUCGGACGGCUAGAAGUGCAAUCGAUGCGAUGAGUCAUGAUCCAGCGUGACAAAUGUGUUGGAUUCUGAGGUGGGCGCCGAGUCGUGAUAGCCAAGUAUAAAAAUACAGUGCAUCUGGGUACGAGUGUGCGUGUGGGACCUAUACGUACUGCUGUCGUGCAGUAGAUGUACGAGUCAUCGUGAGAUGUGUCACGGUGUCGUGUCUUUCAUAACAAAUGGUGACGAGGUUGCUUCACACUCGCUCAGAGUUACACUACCGUUCAAAAGUUUGGGGUCACUUAGAAAUGUCUUUAUUUUUCAAAGAAAAGCACUGUUUUUUCAAUAAAGAUAACAUUAAUCAAAAAUACACACUAUACAUUGUUAAUGUGGUAAAUGACUAUUCUAGGUGGAAACGUCUGGUUUCUAAUGAAAUAUCUCCAGAGGUGUAUAGAGGCCCAUUUCCAUCAACUAUCACUCCAGUGUUCUAAUGGUACAUUGUGUUUGCUAAUCGCCUUAGAAGACUAAUAUCUGAUUAGAAAACCCUUGUGCAAUUAUGUUAGCACAGCUGAAAACAGUUAUGCUGGUGAUAUAAGCUAUACAACUGGCCUUCCUUUGAGCUUGAAGUUUGAAGAACAAAAUUAAUACUUCAAAUAUUAAUCAUUAUUUCUAACCUUGUCAAUGUCUUGACUAUAUUUUCUAUUCAAUUUUCAAUUUAUUUGAUAAAUAAAAGUGAGUUUUCAUGGAAGACACGAAAUUGUCUGGAUGACCCCAAACUUUUGAACGGUAGUGUACGUUUUAUCUAAAGUCAGAAAAGGAUAAACAUCAUAACAUGGAGUCAGUGGGUCUUGAUGUAUCAGCUGUGCUUUAACACAUGGAAAAUAAUACAAUAAAUGUUUAGUUUAAUAUCUAGCUGUAACUCUUUGGUGUCUACCUUAUUAGGUGUUUCAUGUUUCUGAAUGUUACUGAAUCCCAAAUUGUCUGCAAUAUAAUUUCGUUCAAUUUCAUUUUCCAUUUAUGUUUAACGGGGGUCAUUAAUAUACCCUGCAGUAGUUCAUUUAGUAAGGAAACAUACUUUAAAAUGGCAACCAGAACGAUAACAGGGAUAACAUUUCAUCGCGAGGUUUUGCGCCACUUUGCAUGAAAACAAUCGCGCAGGAGUCAAACAUCCACACGUGUUACGAUCAGUGACAAUGUAUUCUGUCAGGACAUGGUUGUCUCGUUUGGUAACGCACAACCGAAACAGGAAACUCAACUCUUUCGUGAAUGUGUGUGUCUUGUGGGUAACGGUGCCAUUUCGACAAAACUAUUAAUUCAAGGAAGUCUCACGCAACUCAGUGACUGAGUAUCAGCUAGAAAGUCAUUCUUUUGUAUUUUAUGCUUCAAUGUGGAGCUCAAGUUUGAAAGUUUCAACAGUCCCUCUUUUACUUCAGUGUGGUUUCAUGUUAAAAUGUUUUAUAUCGUGCAACGUUUGUACAUACUGUAAUUGAAAAUAAUACGCUGCCGAGGAAUUGUAAAUUAUUAUAGUCAUUGAUGAUCAUUUCUUAAGUUAUACCUUCACUGAGUUAUCAUACUGCUUCUUCUAUUCCUAUGUUCAGUGAAGUGCAUGAACCAAACAGUACUUCUGUUGUUUAGCAACAGGGUCCAUUAGUGUUAAGUUAACUUCUUAUGACUGCAUCUUAGCUAGAAAUUUUGACCCUGUAGGACACAUCUCCAAAUUGAUCUAUUUUUUAAAUGUUGCACUGCUACUACACGUACACAUUAAUAAUGAAAACAAUCAGACUUUAAAGGCUUGUAAAUUGUGUUGUAAGGACAUUUGUGUCUUCCCUGGUCCAAACUGUUGUCAUUGCCUUCAUGUUCUGGUGUGAAAAGAGUCCUUUUGCUGUCGUAAAACUCCAACACUUUUGUUCAAAGGUGACUGUUUUAAGUGGAAACGGCAAAUCAAAUCAAAUAAAGCUUCUAUGCCUAAUAAGUGA